AUUUGAUCGAACACAGGUUUUUGUUCGGAAUUGAUUAAAUCUAUUUUCGGAAGAAAAUAACAAUUCCUCUAAUAUGAUUCAGUGAAUGUUGUGUAUAAAACGUAUUGAAGCUGGCGGCGUUUGGUGUAAAAAUGUGGAUUCCUACGAAAUCACCAAAGCUAGGCGUCGCUGUUUAUAACUGGAAAGGAGAUGUCAGAUCGGGAUUGCCAUUGGAAAUUGGGGAGACUGUCCAAAUAUUAGAAGAGAAUGGAGUCUGGUACAGAGGCUUCAGCUCCAAGAACAGGUCCUCCUGGGGCAUAUUUCCAUCAUGUGUGGUGUCCAUAAGACCAUGCAUUGUGAAGGGGUCAGGUGCCACAGCCAUAGCCGAGCUGAAGGAUGAUCCACUGGUCCGAGAGAUUGCAUGCGUCUUGAGAGAAUGGGCUCGGUUAUGGAAAAAACUGUAUGUGGAGCGGGAGACCUACAGGUUCAGUGCAGUGGCCAAGGUGAUGCGAGAACUCCUAAGUGGAAGACGAGCACUUCUAGCCGGCACUCUCACACAGGACCAGACCCGGGCCCUAAGACUCAAGCUGGUCGCCAAACUCGACUGGGGUAACAGAAAACUUGGGCUGGAGCUGGUACCUCGUCGAGGUGCAGAGGCGGUAGAUCCUGAGGAUAUGAGCCUCGUGGAACUAUACAGAGUGCACGUUGAAAGUGCGGAAAGGGCAGCAGCGUGGCGAGGCACACUCCGCCGAGCAGGCGGAUCAGGCAGCAGCUUCAACUCAGGCACACUCACCUCGAACAGCUCCAUCACUUCCAGCACCACAGUCCAGUCCCACCACCUCAUGUGCAGUAUGAGGGACUUUGGGCAUACUGCGGGCGGAGAUGAAGCGGAACUGCUCCUCUGGCUUCACGACGCAAGAAGAGCUCAACCUUUGUCAGAGAGAUUCCGGAUCAGAAUAGCCAGAGAUGGAUUCUCGAACUACGUGGAUAGAUUGCAUGCUAACAGUACCUUAUUUGCGGAUCUAUCAACGACGGAUCUCUCGAGAGAGCUAUGGCUGGUCGCGUGGGUGAUACGAGUGGGGCGUUGGGCUGGAGCCGGUAGCAGCGGCAGUGGGACAGGGGAGCGACGAGGUCCAGUAGCCAGAAGACCUUUGGGUGCUGGAGUGUUACCUUUAGCUGAGUUCUUAAGACAACCUGGACAACAUCCUGGGGAGAAAGAAUAUACGUUUAAAGUGUAUCAAUGCGAAGAGAAAGACUUCCAUCAGCUACAUGACAUGCUAAUAAGGAAACAAACAAAUAAAUGCAAUAUUCUCCCCGGACAACCCAACUAUGGCAUAGUCGUAGCCCUGCGUCUCUUAUCAAAUGCUGGUAGCAUAUCAGAAGCCGUUGGUUCCGGGGCCACCGUGACUGCUAAACGAGGAUUUCCUGACGUCAUCAUGCCGGGCGACGUCCGCAACGACCUCUACCUGACGUUGGAGAAAGCAGAGUUUGAAAGAGGCGGGAAAAGCACGGCGAAGAAUGUUCUAGCAACUGUCACUGUCCAUGAUAGUACCGGACAGGUUAUUAAUGAAUGUGUAUGGGGUGCAAGUGGCAAUGGUUCCACGUCGUACGAGUCGGUGGUACUGUACCACAACAACAGUCCGGCGUGGGGAGAGCACCUGCGACUCACUGUGCCCUUGGAGACAUUCACUAAUGCACAUGUCCGCAUCGAGUUUAGGCAUUGCUCUACAAGAGACAAAACUGAGAGGAAACUGUAUGGUUUCGCGUUCGCCCGACUGAUGGAAGCUAGCGGUGCUACUCUGAGGGACGGAGCGCAUGAACUAUACGUGUACAAGUGUGACGAUCCUACCAAAUUGACAUCAGCGAGCUACCUCUCCCUGCCAUCGUGCGCGGCAGACAGUGCCCGCGCGGGCUCCGUCAACGGCGUGGUGCCAACAUUCCAAAGAAGUUCCAAAGAAAACUGCACCAUCAGCACCCUGCUGUGCUCCACUAAAUUAACUCAAAAUGAGGAUCUCCUAGCCCUACUUCAAUGGCGCGCCCGUCCAGAGAAGGUGCAAGAGACGUUACUCCGAGUACUGAGACUAGGCGACGGACUCAGCUGCGAAGAGCUUAUCAAGUUCCUCAGAGAUGUAUUAGACGCAUUAUUCGCGUUAUUCUCCACUGAAGAUGGAAAUAGCACUCCACAUUCAGGCACAGUGUUCCUGGUUCUGAUAUCGAUAUGCAGCUUGUUAGACGAGAGUCGGUUUCAACAUUUUAGGCCGGUACUAGAUGUUUACAUCGAAGAACACUUCUCUGCAGCUCUAGUUUACAAAGGCCUUCUGUCAUCAGUACAACAUUGUGCAGAAUGGGCAGCUAGUGCCGAGGGUCAGGAACCAAUUCGCAAGUGUCUACGUUCUCUAGGCGCAGUGUUCAGGCUGGCUGUAAGGUCUAGGCGAUUGUUCGCUAGAGCUACUGGUGGACAAUAUGAAGAUAGCUUUAGAAGAGAUGUCAGGGCCGCACUACAUGCGCUAAAAGCUUUUGCGCAACACCCUUAUAAAGAACAUCUUGCACCGGCUCAGGUGGCCCUGAUGUCGUCGUGGGCGGAGGUGUCCCAUGCAGUGUCUUUUAAAGAUCCCAUCAAAAAUCAGGCAAGAAACAUAAUCCUAACAACGGCCUGUCACCACUUACGGGUGCACCUAGCACGACGGGACGAGCUACAACAAUGUGCUGAGAUGAUAGGAGAACUAGUGGCUCUGUUGUGGAAGAAACCAGACCCUGACCGACCCGUGGAGGAUGAUGAACUGGAUCCCGACGUCGAUGUACUCUGUCUCAACACCUUAGAUGUGUUGGUGGAGACUGUGCUGCAUCUGAUUGGAGGAAAUUCACCUGUGCUUGGAUCAAUGGUAGCUGGUCUCCUGGGUGUAAUGGAACUACUAAAACCCGUCCACUACCAGCGUUUAUGGAGCCAUCUUGCUCCACACCCACAUGAUCGGAAACCACUGAAAGACUUCCUCAUGAGAGCUUUCUUAGUGUUCAGGCAUCUUAUUGAACAAGACGUGUUCCCAGCAGACUGGAUGGUACUGCGGGUACAAAGCUGUAAAGUACUUCUGUCAGCUCUACAAGACCUCGCUCAACCAUUACUCGAAAGAUUCCUAGGAGACGAACCGCCGCAGUUUGAUUCACAGUUAUGGUCAGGCUACAUGGAGCUGGGCGUGGCUCUAGUAACAUCUACGGCACUACAACCGGAGCGGUGGUCAGGGCGAGGACCGGACCGACCGCGGAUGCGCGCUGCAGCGGGAAUGAGGGUGCUGGCUACUUGGAAUCUAUUAGGUCCAGCCCAACUGCACUUAGUACCAGGUGCAGUAGGAGCUCUUCUAGAGAUAACCCUAGUAGGCGAGCUUCGUCGCGCGGCGCUAGGGGCGCUGGUGUCGUUAAUGGCAGCCGAGCGAGCGCACGCGGGACACGCGCGACGUACUGAGGCUGCAUUGGUCGACAAAUUGGACUCACUCGUAGCAGACAACAAGGCGGAUGACCACUACCGACGACUAUUUGAUACUGUGGAACAUUUGAGCUCAGUGUUGAUGGAGCGUGUAUCGACGGAAGGUUGGCGCGAGGCGGGCGCGGCCUUCGUCGCGUGCGUGACGCGGCUGCUGGAGCGGCUCCUGGACUACCGCGCCGUCAUGCAGGGCGCCGAGCACCGGGACAAGCGGAUGGCCGCCACCGUCAACCUCUUGAACUUUUACAAGAACGAGAUAGAUCGCAAAGAGAUGUACCUACGGUACGUGUACAAACUGCACGACCUUCACAUCGCGUCUGAUAACUUCGUCGAAGCUGGUUGCACUUUACUGUUAUAUGCAGAAACGUUGAGUUGGGAGAGCGAUCAGAUUGGCGUGGAUCCCGAGUACCCAGAGAUGCCCGAGUGGAAACGUAAAGAGGCGAUCUACAAUCAAGUGCUACAAUACUUUGAUCGUGGAAAGUGCUGGGAAAAAGGCUUGCCUUUACUCCGUGAGCUAGCAACUCUAUACGAAGUGAAACUAUGUGACUACCCACGUCUCUCGCACUGUCUGCGAACACAUGCGACCUUCUUGGACUCCGUCAUGGAACAGCUCAGACCUGAACCUGAGUACUUCAGGGUCGGGUUCUAUGGGAAAGGAUGUCCGUUAUUUGUGAGGAACAAGCAGUUCGUGUACCGCGGCCACGACUACGAGCGUAUCGGCGCCUUCACCCAGCGCCUGCAGGCCGAGUACGUCGCCGCGCAUAUACUCAUGCGGAACACGCCGCCUGACGACUCCGUCAUCGCUAACGAUGGACAGUACAUUCAAAUCUGCAAUGUGAAGCCGGUAGCGUCUCGUCGACAAUGGCCGUCUGGCACUCCGGAACAAGUCAAACGGUUCUACGCCUGCAAUGAUGUCGAUACAUUCCUCUGUGACAGACCACUACAGAAACCUCCGAUUGAUAAAGAUAACGAGUUUAAGAGCCUUUGGAUAGAACGAACGACAUUAGUGACUGAAAACACGUUGCCAGGUAUUCUACGAUGGUCUGAAGUUGUUUCCAGAUCUGUUGAAGAAAUACCACCAGUAGAAUACGCCUGCGAAACGAUGGAAGCAACAGAACGGGAGCUUCGCAGCCUCAUCUCACAGUACACAGCCGACCCGACGCUGAACAUAAAUCCAUUCUCCAUGCGACUACAAGGGACUAUAGACGCCAACGUGCAAGGCGGUAUCACGAAGUAUGAGCAAGCGUUCAUGACGGCGGAGUUCGCGAGGAACGCGAGUCCCCGGGAGGCGGCCGCCGCGGCCAAACUCAGGCGCCUCGUGGCCUCGCAGCUCGCCGUGGUCGACGCUGGACUCAGUCUGCACGGGAGACUGGCGCCUGAGGAUGUUAAGCCGCUGCAUAGGCGACUCGUGGAACGAUUUAACCAACUUCGCCAAAACUUAGGUCCGGGUUUGGCUCGUGCACGAAGACAACUAUCAGAAAGUAUUGUAAACACUCCAUUACCUCCGGUCCCAGCACUAGACAAACGAUCUCAGAGUAUACAACAAAGCGACAACUACUACGACGACCACCAUCUCUAUGAUAAACCGCUAUCAAUGGAAGACGCAAUGGAGCAACAGAGUAUAAUGUCGAGCAGUCUGCCGAUCAGUGACAACCGCGACUGUGUGGAAGAUAACUCUAUGAUCAAGUCUGCGCCGCCGUUACCUAUCAGACCAAAGUCCGGAGAUCCUAGGAGUCCAACCAGACCACCUCUGGAGAAGUACCGGGAUUCAAUCGAUGGUGACUUGGUAGACCAGUGCCGACACAGUCGCGCGUCUUGGAGCGAACCUGGAGAUGCACCUCCAUUACCACCUAGAGUGUCUGGAGACAAACGGUCAUGGAUCGAAGCCCCACCCGCCAUACCCCGUCGCGGGCCGCGUUGUAUAGACACUCCGGACGACGCGCGAGACUCCGGCGUCAGCGUCGACCAUGCGUAUGGAAACGCAGAUGAACAUGGACAUCUGCAUAAAGAUUUAGAUCUCACAGUAGACUCACUACGAUACGAGGAAAUAAUCUCAAUGAUGUCGGAGCCUCUCCGAGUGGAUGAGGGAGAGAAACCUCCACCCAUACCACCGAAAGGACUCGGCCACCUCAGCUCCUUUGACUCAGGACACCACGAGAACGGCGAAUCACACUGUUAAAGUAAGAUUAUAUAUUAUAUGUUUAAAUAUCAAUAUUAUAAAGAUUUUUGUUCUGUGCAAACGGCGCUAGUGGGGCGUAAAGUCCCUUCAGUCCAGUGAGAGCUAACGAUUUAUGCGCACUUAAUAACGUUAAUGUAGUGUAAAGCUCUCGUUGUCCAAUAGAGAAUUAGCUAAUGUUAAACCAUUGGACAAAUUUUUCAAACAGCUACUGUAGUUGGACAAAUUGGACAUCAAACAGGAUGUUACUGCCAUCUGUUGAGCAACAAAAUGAUACCACUUAUUGGAUGAGCUGUCCAAAAGUUGCUAAUGGCUUGAUAUUUGGCAAAUACUUUGGUAGUCAAACAACUUAUGCCACAUUAGCGUCUCUAAAGAAACACCCUGAUUUGAAUGCUCUGUCAAAUGUAAUGUUAUGUAGCCUUUGUCUAUUGAUGUGAUUAUGGAUUGAUUGGUCCACGGAAGCUUUGCGAGUUGAAAUGGCAACCUUAUCAUUUGACAGUUGCAUUGACUUGAUACGACUUAUUGACUGUGAUGGAUGGAGUUUAUUUGUUGGAGUACAAUUGGUUUACAACAUUUUAAAUGAUGUAACAAAAUUCAAAUUUCGACUGGAUGCGACAACAAUCCAUCUACCAUAAUUUGCAUAAGGAAACCAGGAUUUCGUACCUAUUCGAUUUUUGAGUUUAUAUAUCAUUUGCCAGUUUUGCUCUAAUUGAAUUCCUAAAAUCAACAAUCCACGAGAUUACAUUAUUACACAUUGCUAAUAAAAGCGUAAAUAUAACAGGCCUUUACUUCCAAAUUGUACAUUUUUAGUACUGGACUAUACUUACAUUCAAGCAAAUGUCAACUCUACAAAUAAUGCAAUUACUAUUGAUUUUAAAAUGUCAUGUUAAGUCUAUGAAAGAACAGAUUUGCUUCCAAGAAAUAUGUAUAAACCAUUUGAGUAUACGAUAAUAUUGAUUUUCCAAAAACAUUUUAAUAUGUGAAAUAUUUGUAUUUUUUGCAGUGAUCAAUAAAGAAUAGUGAAAUUACUAAUAGUGGCCACACUAUUUUAGUUCGAGUUAUUAGACGUUAUUAUCUAUCUAUACAUAAUAGACGUAUAUUAUGUGUUAGAAUGUAUUUUCAAAUAUUUAUCAAUUAUUCUUAAAUAAAUAAUAACUUUUCCGUCAAAUGAAGUGAAAUUAAACGAUUUAAAUAACUAUUUUCUCAGAAUAAAUGUUGACGCCUGAUAAAGUCUUUAUAGCAAAGAGUCGCACGAAUGCCAUUGCUUACAAUAUUCAUCAGGCGCCCAUGCUAGAAUAUUUCUUUAUUUUUAUAGUAUGAUAAUUAUAUAGUAUGCAUAUCAUUCCUUGUAUGGAAUAAAAUUAUUAUUAGAUAUAAUUUAAUGUGAUUUAAAAUUAUAUUUUUGUUUUGGCACAGAAUGCAUUUAGUUAUCUGUCCGGGGCCAUAUAACAGUGAUAUAAUAUUAAUUUUAAACUUUACAUUUCUAACAAUAGACUAAUAAAUCAUUUACAAUUUUUUCAUUUUAAGUAUUAGAGUAAAAAAAUCUAAAAUUUUCUCUAAUUACUCUGUUCUGAGUCUGAAGUUUUAUGUAUU